AUGGGCAGAUGUUUCUUUUCCAUUGUCGAUAUGGAUGAGCUUAAAGUUGUUGCAGAAAUUCCGGAGCCUCCAAUAUUUUUAUGUGGUGAAGUUGUUCGCUGCGAGGUGUCAGUGGUGCUUAUGGACCCCAAAACCACUUGGGAAAUUCAAAGCAUUGAGGGAAUUUUGGUAGGCCAAUAUCGUCUUAAUUCGGCUGCUGUUGCAGAAGAUUUUAAGAAUCAACCAAUAUUUGACAAAGUCUUCUCAGCAUCGCCUGAUAAAGAUGCUAAAAUCGAUAGUGAAUUUAUCCCCGGAUUGGACUCCCAAAGUCGUAUUUCUUGGAUUCAGCAACUAAACUCUACCAAUCAGUGGCCCCUCAUAAUCUACGCUGAGAAACCUAUCGCAAGGAUUAUUCUAAAAACCCGUCUUUCCGAGAACUUGCCACCCAGCUAUCGUGGGAAUAUUGUCCGUUUCGCUUACAAGGCCCUGAUCAAGGUGCAGGUUGACAAUAGACCAGCGCAACUGCUUCGCUUGCCAUUUCACAUUUUACCUUCUGUGGGUAGCUAUCAUUCUUUCGACUCCACUACCGCUGACUCUCUGCCCGGUCUGUCGAGUAAUGCAUACAGCGAGAGUCAAUCUCCUCCCGACUGCGUCUGUAAUCCCUUUCACGUUGAUUUUCACAGUCAGAUUGGAUAUAAGGAUAGCAAUCUUGGUGAGGGAAUUCUUAAAAAAGACUUAAUGCAUCCUGCUGUCUACGAUAAGCUCUCGCAAUUGCAUGCCAACACUCAGGUCCCGUGUGCCAUCACUUCCGUACAUAUGGCUAAGAAGACUAAGAAACGUGCUAAGAGAACAUCAUUCUCACAAUCGCCUUCCGCGAUGUUUGCUGAAAUAGUUUUUUCAAGUUCGAUUGUGAGCUUUAUGCUCUCGGGUCCAAAUGGCCAUAUCUGUCGAAUAGGAAUGUUCAAGACGGUGGCUCGGUUGGGUGAUUUGCUACGGGGCUACUUGGAUUUCCGGAUGGCUACGCUACCCACCUUCGAAUGCAUCAUUUGGGCUGACACCGACGAGUUUCUUGACCCAACUUCGCGUCAGGAAACUAAUUUGGAAAAUAACCUUUUGUUCUCCACUUUGCCAAUAGAUAUACCUACUGCAUCCAAAGACAAAGUCCUCAGGUUACCUGAGAAUGCACUGAAAACCUCGUGGUUUGAGGCGCGAUUGGCUUGUUCGAACACAAAGUUUCUCCCCUUUGCAAUUCCGAUUCCUUUGAAUGCCCCGGUGGAAUUUAUGCUAUCUAGCAAAUAUUGGGGUGGCUUAUGCAGAGUGCAGUGGUGUCUGCGAUUUCAAUUCACCGUCGCAAUGUCUAACCCAAGACAGCAACCUCAACUGUCGACGGAACCUUCACUGUUCAAUAAUUUCCUUCAAGGCCACACAGCAUCAAAUUACUCGGAUUACACACCAUCUAUUAACUGUGACACCCAAACUUUCUCCUGGGAACUUCCUAUCUGCAUCAUUCCAAACGGUCCAUCAGCUUUCCUGUUGCCCAAUCAAACAUGUUCAAGCUGCACUUUUUCACGUGGUUAA